GGUUCUGUGUUCUGCUGUCGAAGUCGAAGUUCGAUGUUCGAAAAAUAACUUUCAUGGUUAUGGCAUUGAAGCAUACCGAAACUGCUUUAAUUCCUCAGUUAUUGCCUUUUAGAAAUUGUUAAUUAAUAUAAAACAUCAAUUUUAAUAUGCUAUAUUAUCAAUCUAUGUCUUUAUUGUUGAAUAGACUGUUUUAGUCGAAUGAAAACAACAUCGUAGCUUCUGGCUGACAUCCAGAUAAGUCAUAGGAAGAAUAUUUUUGAUAGCAAAUUGUUUAUUUUGUCAGCUAUGGAUUGAAAAAUCUUUUAGUAUGAUGGCUGAUCAUCACUUCCAAUUUCCAUUGUCUCCAGUCACGUGAUAACAUGCAAUGGAAUCAGGGAUUAUCGCCAGCAGCCUUGUGAUAACUGAAACCGCAAAUCGUCACUCCAUGUAUGAUGAAAGAUAGAAUGUCUCCUUUUGGACGUAAAAAGACAGGGAAAUCUUUCCCGGUCAAGGUGUGCACUCUCGAUGCCGAGCUGGAGUUCAACCUGGAGUGGCGGGCGACGGGCCGCGACCUUUUCGACCUUGUUUGCCGCACCAUUGGACUCAGAGAGACCUGGUAUUUCGGUCUGCAGUACGAGGACUCGGUCGGAUUUAUUGCCUGGCUGAAAUUGGAUAAAAAAGUUCAAGACCAGACAGUUCCUCAGCAACCGACCACUACGUUUAUGUUUCUGGCCAAAUUUUACCCAGAAGAUGUUGCCGAAGAGUUGGUACAAGAGGUCACUCAACACCUGUUUUUCCUACAGGUUAAACAGGCGAUAUUAUCCAUGGACAUCUAUUGCCCACCAGAAGCCUCUGUACUGUUAGCUUCUUAUGCAGUUCAAGCAAAGUAUGGGGACUUUGAUGAAACCACUUACAAGCCCGGAAUGCUUGCCAGUGAAGAUUUGUUGCCGCAAAGAGUCAUUGACCAGUAUCAGAUGACUCCUGAAAUGUGGGAGGAUAGGAUCAAGAUAUGGUAUGCGGAUCAUCGCGGAAUGUCUCGAGAUGAAGCUGAAAUGGAAUACCUAAAAAUUGCCGAAGAUUUAGAUAUGUAUGGUGUCAAUUAUUUUCCCAUUAGUAAUAAAAAAGGAACUGAUUUGUGGUUAGGUGUCACGGCACUUGGGUUAAAUAUGUACGAAAAGGAAAAUAAAUUAACACCUAAGACAACUUUCCCAUGGUCGGAAAUUCGACAUGUAGGUUUUGAUGAUAAGAAAUUCAUCAUCAAACCUGUUGAUAAAUCGGCUCCAAACUGUGUAUUUUUCACGUCCAAAGUUAGAAUGAACAAGUUGAUUCUAGAUCUAUGCAUGGGCAAUCAUGACUUGUUCAUGAGAAGGAGGAAGCCAGAUUCAAUGGAGGUGCAGCAAAUGAAGACACAAGCAAAAGAGGAAAAGUUCAGAAGGCAGAUGGAGAGGAAUAAGCUGGCCAGGGAGAAACAGUUGCGGGAAGCAGCUGAGAGAGAGAAGGCAGCCAUGGAGCAGAGGCUGUUGCAGUACCAGGAGGAGAAUCGGCUGGCGAAUGAGGCGUUGAGGCGAUCCGAGGAGACCGCAGAUUUGUUGGCGGAGAAGUCAAGGGUGGCUGAGGAGGAAGCAAUGUUGCUGAGUCGGAAGGCGACCGAGGCCGAGCAGGAGAUCACACGCAUCCGGCUGUCAGCGAUGAAGACUGAAGAGGAGAAGGUGCAUCUGGAGCGGAAGACGAGGGAAGCGGAGCAGCUGACAGCCCGGCUGGUGGAUGAGUCGGAACGGCGGGCUGCCGAAGCCAAGCGGCUGAAGGACGAGCUAAUGCGAGCACGGCUAGCCGAGAAGACGGCCAAGGAGAAGCUUCUAGAGUUCCUGUCACGAAACACCUACUCCAGUCUCUCCUCACUCUACCCGGAGCCAGUCUCCACCGCCGCGGACUCCACUCCCUACAGCAACGGCAGUGUCGAUCCUCUGCUCGACAUGGGAGUGACGUCACCCACCUACGAUCCCAUCGUCGACAGCGACAUGGAGCGACUCUCGCUCGAAAUAGAGAAGGAGCGUGUGGAUUACUGGAAGAAGAGCAAGCACCUUCAGGACCAGCUGCGCGACCUUCGCUCCGAAAUUGAGGUGCUCAAAGUGGGUGAAAAGCAGAAUGAAAUGGACGCUCUGCACAGCGAACAGGUAAGGUUAGGUGAGAAUAAGUACUCGACGCUCCGCAAGGUCAAAUCGGGAUCUACAAAGUCAAGAGUUGCUUUCUUUGAAGAAUUAUAGCCAUAGUUCCUACUUAUUCUAUUGUUGAGCUAUUUUAUCUUGUUACAGUUAUUUGCUUAUCCUAGGACAAUAUUCAAUUUCAAUACCGUACUAAAUGUGUUUAAGACAAACUGCUAACUAGUAUUUUAUCUCAAGUUGAGAGUUUUCAUAUUACAGUAAUAAAAUUAUUAAUUCCCUUUAGUUGGAAAAAAGUAUUUUUCGAGCGAACGUAUGUGCAAGUACAAUAUUACACAGAGACAAAAUUAUCUGCUCUACUAACAUAAUGCAUAAUAUAUGAAUUUCAUAAAAAUUAUGAAGGUUGGGUCGGAAGAAUAAUUUCUAAAAUAGUUCACUAGUCGUUUAUCAAGAACCUAUUGUGAAAGAAACGUUGUGCUUCCACAAAUUUGAUUUAUUUAAAAUACUGUAUGUGUGAAAUGAAAAUAAUGAUUAUCUCUCUACGGCUUAAUUUUUAAUAUGACACUCCAAAUUUGUUUACAGCUAGUUUCAUUUAGAAUCUAUAAUUGAAUCUCCUAUUUCUCUUGAGUAAUGUCACUGUCCUCUUAGUAAGCACUAUAACAGUUGAAAAUUUAUUAUUAUCAGUCAACUGAAAUAGCCAAGAUUGUAACAAUAAAACUUAUCAGUAAUAUUUUUUUAAAUGAACGAUGAGAAUUGCGUAAGAAAAGAUGGCAUUGUUCAAUUUUUAAUAGGAAUUCUAUUCUUGAAAGAAAUCUAAAUUGUGGAGAGUUAAUUUAAUUGUAUACUGAGCUUCGAGUAUUCACAACUAUCCUUAUAAUAUAGUGCAUAUUUUUUUACUUGGAAUUUCAAUGAUAAUUCAUUAAGGUAACUUGCAAUAAUUAUUAUUUUCAACAAUAUUCUAUAAAAAUUCGGAAGAGGAUCAGUUUUAUUCUGAGCCUGUUUUUAUCUUCCAGUCACUGUAAUAGUAGCCUAACUACUGUAUAACGAACUAUGAAACUGGAUUCCCACGUAUCAGUAUCAGUUCACGUGUCCGGUACAGUGGAGAUAUUAUUCCUAUGAGUUCUAAUGAGACUAUUCCCACUCAGCCUAACUGAUCUAGUAUGAAUCGUCCCAUUAGAAUUCAGGGGAAUACAUAAUUGACCGAGCGAAGUGAGGUCUAAGAUUCAAGUCGACGGUUUGGCAUUUCUCUUAAUGUUUAUAUGUUGCGCAUUUACGGCGAAACGCGGUAAUAGAUUUUCAUGAAAUUUGACAGGUAUGUUCCUUUUUUAAUUGCGCGUCGACAUUUUUUGGUUUAAGGUUUUUAGAAAUUUUGCAUUUCAAGGAUAAUAUAAAAGGAAAAAGGAGCCUCCUUCAUACACCAAUAUUAGAGUAAAAAUCAGACUAUAGAAAAUUAUUCAUCAUAAAUCAAGUGAUUACACAGAUGUGUGGAGAAGCCAGUCUAUUGCUGUAUUUCCAUAAGGUCUAUAGUUUCAAUCAGGUACCUGAGGAUGAGAAUACUGCGUGAGGUCUACUGUUCACAGAACUACUAGUAUCAUUGAACCGGACUCAUGCACUGAUUUAUGUGGGAAUCUAGUUGAAAUGAAUAAAUAUUUAAUCAUUUUCUGACUUCACUUGUUCAAAGCUUUAUAAUUUGGAUUGUUUUUGUCCAUUCACCAGUUAUAGUUUAUUAUAAAAGUUUAGGUCUUUAUACUUUAUUUUGUACAUUCAAAAUAUAAAGAAAGUUUAUUUCUAAUAUUUUUAAAACUAUGGUUACAGUUUAAACGAAUAUUUGUGUUAAUUAUUAUUCAGAAUUAUCAAUUCUUGAUGAAAAUAAUUUGGGAAUGUUAAGAACAAAAUAUGUAGCCUAUCCUUGAAUUGAUCAUUUAUAUUCAUAUUAUUUAUUACUUGAACUAGGCUAUUUAGAUAAUAAGAAUUAGCCACUUCUGUUGAAGGAACUAAUCAUAUCCUAGAUUUCAAUAACUAUCGUAAUAUUUAUCUCUUUUCUGUAUAGGGCUUCUUUUUAUAGAAAUAGAAAGAAACAGAUUUUUAUUUUUCUUUCUAUCGUAAUAUUGUCCACCUUCUAAGAUAAAAAUAUUCUUGUUGUUUGUUACCAACUGAAUUUCUCAAUCUACAGUAGUAAUUUACCACUACUUGAAGUAGCCUAUGCUAUUUAGUUUAGAGUGAUACAAAUUUCAUGCUGCCCAAAUUAUGAAACUUUUGAAAAAAGUGUUUGUAUUUAUUGGUUAAAUAAUUUUGGUUUAUAAUACAUAAUUUACGAUUUUAUAUUCAGUGCUUGGAAUGUCCACAGAUCACAAAUGACCGCAGAGACGGUAUCCAGUUGAAACAAUUGACCGAAUAGUAGUCUUAAGAUAUUCACUUAUCCAUAAUCCAUAAACUGAUAAAACAAAUGACUUUUUGUAGAUUUGUUUAAACUUUAGCAUCUUGAAAAGUUUGUAAGUAAUAUUCCUGACACGUCACAUAUGAUUCAAUUAACUGUAACUCAAAACAAUAGACUCGUCUUUUCAUUCAAAAGACAUUAGGAAUCAACAAGUUAGGAUCUGAACAAGUCAAACAAACAAACAAAAUCUCAUGUCCAAAUAAUUUUUUUCAAAUUUACCUUCACACUUGAAACAUUGGGUUGCGGGACUGCAUCACGCUAUACAGUUACUAUUCAUAACUAAUAAUAAUUUUCUUUAACAAUAAAUGAAUAUUUGCCACAUAUUAUAUGUUUUUCUUAUUACUUGAGAAAAUACUAUUAUGGCAUUAUUAAGUACAGUAUUAUCGUACUAAUAAUUAUUCAGUUCCAAUGCUACUAGUGGAGUAAAAUCUCACGUUUUAAUGAAUUAACAAACUAUAUGCUGCCUAUUCAAGUUAAUUUUGUUUUAUUGUACAUUUUCAAAAUUAUAAACUCAAAAUCUAUACUUUACUAUAAACUCUAUAGAAAUUGACAUUGUAAUAGUUAACAGUGGUUAAAUGUACUCUACAAUAAGUUAAUUUUGGUUUGUUGUACAUUUCAAGAUCCCAUUUUACAAAUUAUAAACUCAAAAUCUAUACUAUACUAUACUAUAAAUUCUGUAGAAAUUGACAUUGUAAUAGUUAACAGUGGUCAAAUGCACACCACAAUAAAAUAAUUCUCACAGACAAAGUCCAUACGUGAGAUACACUGUUAGAAGACUGAAUUAAAUUAGAACAAAUUAUUUGAUACUCUUCAACGCUUUUAUCUAUGUUGAAACUAUAACUUUCGAACUUACUCCAGGUCUAGAUUGAAAUAAUGUAUAUCUAGCACAAAUUAGGAGAAUACAUGAUCGAUGUAUUUUAUGUUUUUAAAAUUAUUCAUAUUUAUUUCUACCAAGGUACCUUCCGUGUCUGCUUUUUAGUCUAAUUGUAUAUGUAUUGUAUCACAUAAACAUAAUUCGAUUAGAUAAGAUAGUUAAUUUUACCUUAGAGGUACAAGAUCGAAUCUGUUUAAUGCCUCUAUAAUUUAUUAUUAUCCACGACAAUCAAAAGUUAUAGCCUUAGGUUAUAUUAUGUAAUCUAGCGUUAAUUCUUAUCUGCUUAUUAAUAAUAGAAAUUGUUAUUUUUUUACUUAAGUCAUGUUGAAAUAAAACAAAACUAGAAUGUUUCUAUGUAA